UGGACCCUUCAUUUUAAUUAUUUACUACUCUUUCUAGUAUUACUUUUAUUAUGUGGGCUCCAUACCAAAAGAGCCUUAUAUUUCUAUAUGUUAUGGGCUUUUAAGUAUAUUAAUUAACGGCACAUUAUACUGUAGGAAUAACAAUAAAGUUUUGCCUCAUCAGGAGCAAAUAAAUGAUGAUAUGGGAUAGAAUAAGCCCUUUUUUCCCUUACAUAAGAAAUUAACAUGUACAGAAGCAAAUAUGCAGGCCCUACAAUACAUAGCGAAUCAAUAAAAGCGUAAAGAUAAAUGGGUUCCUCUGAAGAGAUCAUUGUUGGAGUUUAAUAAACUUUUAAACGGUGCUUGAGUAUGGAAGAGCUUUAACAUACAUAUUGAAACAAAUUUUUUCUAGUAUCCAUAACAUUUCUAGAGUUUAUAUUUUGUAUUUCUUUAAAUAAGUGCAUGAACAAAUACUUUUCCUGUUUGAUUUGCUAUUAAAUAUCGCCUUUAAAGCCCUUAAAUAUGAGGUCACCACAGUUCCACCUUAAAAAUAUGGACUGCAACUACAGGGGGAUCUCCCUCUCUCACUCUCUCUCUCUCCCUCUCUCUCCCUCCAGUGGUGAAACUCUUUAGUAAAUCUAUGGCGUGUGUGUGUAUGUGUGUGUUCAGCAAGUUGUUGUGUUGUUCAGCGGGUGGGUGACAUGGUUAAGAGCCCCGGUCGCAGGCUGCACUGUCUCAGCCGGUGUUAAUGUUUCCCAGCCGACAGUCUUUACCACGUGAAGGACUUUAUCUCCACUUCCCCAGCAGUGACUUUUAAAAUCAGUACGUGAGUCCAAAUCCAAGUGGACAGUGUCCUGGUUCCUGUGUUUCCCAUCUUUGUAGUUGUGAGCUAUGACGUCAGAGGGGAAACAUGCAGACACUGUGCUGGACCCUCUGUUCAUUGAGGAGAGUGAGGAAGGGUACAGAAACCCCACUGAAGUGAAGAUGAGCCAGAUCGUGCUGCCAUGCCAUGCCAACCACUGUGGAGAGCUGAGUGUCGGGCAGCUGCUGAAAUGGAUGGACUCCACAGCCUGCUUGUCUGCCGAGAGACAUGCAGGUUGUUCCUGUAUCACUGCAUCUGUGGACGACAUCCAUUUUGAACACACCAUAGGGGUUGGAAAGGUUGUAAACAUCAUAGCAAAGGUCAACAGAGCCUUCACGUCCAGUAUGGAGGUGGGUAUAUUGGUCACUUGUGAGGACCUUUACACUGACAGGCAGUGGAAGGUUUGCCAUGCCUUUGCUACUUUUGUGGCCAGACGAACUGAAGCUGGGAAGGUACAGCUGAAGCAGGUGAUUCCUCACACACAAAUGGAGCAGAUGGAGUACAGCCUGGCAGCAGAGCGGAGGAGGAUGAGGCUCAUCCACGCUGAGAUCAUUACAGACCUACUGAGCAGCAGCACAGCUCAACUGAGAGAAUGCCAGGAGUAUCAGGAUGCUGUGCCAGCCGAGCGGACACGAGUGGAGAGCGUGGAGCUGGUGCUACCGCCACAUGCCAACCAUCAAGUCAGCACCUUUGGGGGUCAGAUCAUGGCCUGGAUGGAGAAUGUGGCUACAAUUGCAGCAAGUCGCUUGUGCAACGCUCACCCAACCCUGAGGAGCAUAGACAUGUUCCAUUUCCGUGGCCCAUCUCAUAUUGGUGACCGACUAGUGCUGAAAGCCAUUGUUAACAAUUCCUUCAAGCACAGCAUGGAGGUGGGAGUGUGUGCUGAGGCCUACCAGGGUGGAGAACCUCUGCGCCAUAUAAAUAGUGCUUUUAUGACCUUUGAGGUGCUGGACAGUGACAGGAAACCAAGCACGCUUCCACGGAUACGACCUGAGCCUGUGGAUGGAAAAAGACGUUAUCAAGAAGCUAUUGCCAGAAAGAAGAUUCGCCUGGAUAGGAAAUACAUUAUCUCCUGCAAGCAAACUGAAGUGCCUCUGUCUGUUCCCUGGGAUCCAAGUAACCAGAUGUACCUGAGCUACAAUAAUGUAUCAGCACUGAAACUAAUGGAUACCAGAAACAACUGGGUAUUAACUUCUGAGAAAAACAAGGUCAGGCUGUACACACUGGAGGAAAAUCACGUGCUGUGUUUCAAGGUGGAGAUGCACGUCGGCGUACCAGCAGAGCAAACGUUCCACCUACUGUCAGACCUGAGGAGGAGAAAGGAGUGGGACCAGCACUAUGAGGAAUGUGAAGUGAUCAACCAAGCGGAUGAGGAAGACACACUUUAUCGCGUAGCCACACCGUCGGUCAGUAAAAGGGGCAAAGGCAAGGACUUUAUCUUGCUGGCAUCUAGGAGGAAGCCAUGUGAUGCCAGGGACCCAUAUCUGAUAGCUCUGCGUUCUGUCACUUUGCCCACUCACCCUCCCACUGAGGACUACACCAGGGGAGAGGUGCUCUGUGCUGGCUUCACAAUCUGGGAAGAGUCCAGUACUGUCACCAAGAUCACCUAUUACAACCAGGCCACACCGGGUGUCCUCCCCUACAUCUCCACAGACAUCGCUGGCCUCUCCUCCAGCUUUUACAGCGCUUUCUCUGCCUGUAGCGACUUCCUGGAGGCCAACAAGGACAGCCUGGCUGCUCUGCCACCCUCUGCAAUGAGACAUAACAGUGGCGCCAUGGUCUCCCCACAAGAGGAGCAGUGGCAUCAGUAGGAGGGAUUAGGAUAAUCUCUCUGUCUUGAUUCCAUGGCACUUCUGUUGUGGAGGUGCUGUGCUCUUGAAGAAGUAUCCCACCCGGAGAUUGCAGACGUCUUUUCAAUGGAUUUGUGGUUGUUUUUUUUCUUUAAACCUCAGUUUGCACUGGGUGACUUUGUUUAUUCUGUAAAUGAGAGAGAGAGAGAGAGAGAGAGAGAGAGAGCGAGAGAGAGAAAGGAUAAAGAAAUGCACUGUAUAGGUUUUUGUAAGAAUUUGCUACAUGUUUUCAGCAAGAUUAAUAGGUAUGAAGCAAGAGUCUCUCAUAUGUUAAGCCUCUUAGGCUAUAGUAUGGAAAACUUCCUGUGCAAUUUUAUUUAUAGAUCAAUUAAUUUUAGUACAUAUUCUUAAGUAUUUAACAGAAAUCUAUUAUGUUGAGAAAGCAAUAUUUUAAAUGGUAUUGCCAGUCUUUACAGAAACUAACAUGAGGAUAAAAUUAGUCUAAGCUGGGAUGUUUGAAACAGCUUUUUUUUUUAUAUAGUAUAUUUUCUACCUCCUAAAUAAAGUUUUUAAACUAUUUGAUUAAGACUUAAGCCAAUUGUACAUUUAGUAUGUCAUGAUGCUGUUUUUAUUGUGAGACAAUGAUUAUACAGGACAACUCUUGCACUGAUCGUAUAACAUGUUGACACUCGACGGCCAAGCUGUUUUCUUGAUUAAACUGAAACAAUAAACACAAUAGACCAGUG